CAAUAAUGAAUAAUUCCAUAUUAUUUAUAAACAAUUAAAAAUUGCGCUAAGAAACUAGCUGCUAUAAAUUUAAAAUGACUAUAACGAAAGGUGAAACUGAGUUAGAAAAAAAGCAGUUGAUUUUGCCUGUAUUCGAAGAAUAUCAAAAGGCUCGCUUAAAGUUUGCUCAAUCAAUAUCUGAUCUUGCAGCAAACCCAAAUGAUUAUGCUGCUCUAAAAGCUGCAGGAGCAAUUCCCUUGCUUUGUACAUUAUUCAUGGAUAUAAUGCCUACCAUACAACGAACAGCAAUUGUGGCAAUGGGAAGAUUAGCAUCCUAUAAUAUAGAUAUUGCUGAAGAAAUUAUUAGAAGAAAUAUUUUGCCUUUGUUAGUUGAGAAACUUAAGAAAGAAAGCAAUCGUAUCACUGAAAUCCCGAAUUCGGAACAACUAUAUAAACGUGCUGCUUCUUAUCUUCUUCGAUCAAUAUCAAAACAUGAUGUUAAUCUAGCUAAAAUAAUAGUUAAAACGAAUGCUUUAGAAGCUCUUCAAAUCUGUAUUAAGGAUCCUGAUCCAUUUGUGAAGGAAUCCGCCAUUCUGACUCUAGCCAAUAUUGCUAAGCAUUCUGAAGAAUUGGCUAUUGAAAUAGCUUCUGAAAAAUAUGAAUUAAUACCAAUGAUAAUACAGUCGAUCCAUGAUUAUGAUUUGCCAGUUCUAAGAGCAGUAGCUUCAGUUAUUUUUGAAAUCAGCAAACAUUCAUUUCAGUUAGUUUUGAUAUUAGAAAGAAAUGAAAUUAUUCCUGCUCUUGAAAAAUUAAUGGAACAAGACGAUCCAAAAUUAAUGAAUAUUCUAUUGCCUAUUUUAACUCAAUUAAGUCGCUAUGAAGAUAAUUUCGCGUUGAAAUUAGCUACAGAAACACAUUCCAUUGAAACUGCAAUUAAAGAAUUAAGUAAAGAAGAUAUAAACUGUCGUAAGAAUUGCUGUGUCUAUUUGUUAGAAUGUGUCAAACAUUCAGAAGAAUUGGCUCAGAAAGUGAUCGAUGAAGGAGGCAUAUCCAAAAUAAUAGAAUAUAUAAAGAAACAUGAACAAGAAUAUAGAAUUCCAGGUGUAAUGUUUCUGUGCAAUUUAGCAAUAAAAAAUGAAGAUAUGGCUGGCCUAAUCAUCAUGGAGAAGGCUGUAGAAGUAUUAUGCAUGAUAUUAGAGUCAGAUCCACUCGAAGAAUUGAAAGAAAUUGUUGUCAAAACGCUUGGUUAUCUUGGUAGUUAUAAUGCAAAAUUUACUAGAGAAAUAACAAAAACGGAUGCAAUUUUCUUGGUUGCCUCUCUUGCUGCAAAUCCAGUCUUAUAUCCUGAAAUAAAAUCAACAUGUAAUAAAUCAUUGAAAAGAAUGCUGAAGUAUUGUUUGCAUCUUCAAACUUUAGAGAAAAUUAUGGAUAUCGUACAAGAUGAUAUAUUAGAAUUAGUGUUAUUACAGUUUGCUAAGAUACUAAGAACAGAUGGUAAAUUGCGAAGACGAUUUAUCAUUUCUGGCACUUUUAAAAAAGUAGAAGAAAUGAAAUUUCCAUCCGGUUCGAAUGCUCGAAAUGCUAUUAAAUCGAUCAACUUAUGCUUCCCACCGGAUGUGAUCAGAUAUUAUACAACUGACUAUUUGGAUGAAUUGUUAUUGAAAGUAGAGAAUUUCGAACCAUUAACCCCACCGCCAUCAGAGCAAUCACUUGAAAUUUCUCUCUCGCAAAAAGAAAAUAUGUCAAUUAAUGAACAUGAGUCAAUUAAUGAACAUGAGUCAAUUAAUGAAUAUGAGUAACUACGAAUUUAAAAAAAUAAAUAAAUACAAAACAAACUUUUUAAAGUUUAUUUUGAAAAAUCGUAAAAUUCAAAUACAUUUAUAAAUUCAAAAUGUUUUAAAAU